UGGCACCUUUAGUUUUUGUUUCAGUAUUACUAAAUAAUACAGGCAGUGAAAUCCAUUAUGAGAUCAUCACUAUCCCUGUGCAUCAUUAGAACUUUCUGUGCAAUUCAAUUUUGCCAGGAAAUCCACGAUGCAUCGCAUUGUAAACCCAUUAUUAAAACACAUUAUUCAUCGGAGUUCUCACGAUGCUACAUCAAGAAAACUAUGUCUGCAAUAUUUGAAAAGCUUAAGAACUCUGCAUCUUAAUGACUACAAGACUGUAUUUUUAGGUGAAACUGAUCUUUCUGAAAGUCUCAUAACAGGAGACAAGUUUCCUUAUGAAGAUAAUCACAACUGGCCUGCAUGGACAGUUGUACAUGCUGGCAACAGCCAAGGAUGGAUACCCUGGAGAUACAGAGUAUAUCUAAGGGAUGACUUACCCUUAAGGCAACAAGACGACAUGUUUCAAGAAUUCUGUGACUUUCUCUCUAUUACUUAUGGGAAGUGUGCCAUUGUGGUCAAAGAGAAAAAACGCUUAAGGGUGAAGACUGAAGGAACUAACCAGGAGGGGGACACAAUUGAUCCUCAGGCCAUUUCUCACCCAAACUUGUUGAACAUCAAACACUGCCCUGAAAUUGCCAGGGCUACAGGUCACGAACUUCUUUCAGUGCCUUUUGAUUACAAUUACUUACAUCCUAUGGAUGCCGUCUGGUCAUCUUUGAAAUGGUUUAUUAUCAAUAACAGAAAAGAGUUUUCUCUGACAUCCUUGGAAAGGACCUAUUCCUACCAAUGCAUCCUGUUCAGUGACCUGAUUGGGAAAGGAAUAGAGGCAACGAGCCCAAACAAAUGGAAAGUGGCUGUUAACAAAGUGCGGAGAUGGGAAAAUUACUACUUGGAUAAGUUUUCCUGACUUUCUCCAGUCGUUUGUCAAGUAAUCUUUGGCUGAAAAUAGGUUAAUUCAUAUGAACUAAAUUUACAUUUUCACUUUAUAAUGCUAGGUCAAUGGUGAUAAUAAAAAGAAUAGUUUUAAAGUGACUUUUAGUGUUAUAGUAUUAGAUUCACAUAUGCCAUUUAAGUAGAUUAAUUUAAUUUUGUUUGAUGUGGACAAACAGCUAUUUG